AUGACUACAAGCACUGAACGCAUCUACAUUGUGGGUGGUACCGGGAACUCAGGCAAGCAAGCCAUCCGUGAGCUCCUCAAGGCUGGUGUUUCUGUUACCGCAUUGACACGAUCUCCUGAGGCUGCUGCCAAACACUUUAGUGAUUUGGUAUCAGCUGACAAAAACAAUCAGCAUUUACUUACUUUGGUUCAAGGCAAUUAUGAUGACAUGGAACCCUUUAAGAAAAGCAUCCAAGGCCAUCAGCGUCUCUUGAUCAUCAUCCACGAACCCAUUUCCCUUGGUGAUAAUAAUUAUAUCGAGCUCAAGAAAACGUAUGCAUCCGUAGCAUACAAUGCAGGUGUUAAGCAAGUCGUUGAUCUCUCUGGCAUGGCAGCAGGACGUGGAUGGCGUACGAACUUUUUUGCGAAUAUGGCCCAAACAACCGAGAUGGCUCUGCUAGAGCUCGCCAAUAAUCAAGCUCCUGGUGGUGGUCGUCAUUAUGUGGCAUUGCGACCCACCCAGUUCAUGUCCAACAUUAUCGCAUUCGAUGGAUUUGGUAUUCGUGAACAUGGUGUUGUCAUGGAUACAAGCGCACCCGAUGAAUUGCAUCAAUGGAUAUCACCCAACGAUGUUGGUUCUGUCGCUGCUGGUAUUCUUCAGGACCCUAUUGACAAGCACAAAAAUGCCGUCUAUGAAUUGGUGGGUGAUUACGUGACACCCAAAGAUCGUACAAGAUACCUAUCAGAAGCGUUGGAACGUGAAAUUGUGUACAAGCAAGUGUCGUAUUUGGAACGAUACAAGCAGCUUAUUGGGAUUGGGAUGCCUCACCUAAUUGCAUACACAGUAAGCCGAUGUCUUGGAGAUGGUACAACGCCCACUGGGUUGCUUUCGAUCUUGUUGGGUCGUGAGCCCGAAACUUUGGAACAUUACAUCCAUUCCAACAAGGCAGCCUUUUUGUAA